AUGGGAGAUGAAAUCAGGAAUGCAUCCUACCCGCAUUUUGCCCUUGUAUACAUCGACGACCAAGGUCAUCUGCGCCAGGAAGCUUCGCCGUCGUUCCCAGGCAAUGGCGAAAGUUUUAUUUCACCGCAAGUGAGAGAGGCGUUUCUUGGUGCAAUGACCAACUCGAGCGAAACUAUACCCUCUCGUCAACAUGCAAAACCCUUCUGGAAUGUCGAAGAAAUUCGAGGGGGGUGUGCAGGUGGCUUACUGAGAGGCCCUUUAGGAAAUUUCCAAGCUCCAACGAGAGGCUCGACCGUUAGUACAAGAAACCGGCAUACUUUCGAAAACGAUAGGAUCAUACCAAGGUCCGAUCUAGCGAAUUUGAGCAGCCCCGCCCCAUGGCAAGCACAGCAGGCCCGAAGAAAUGGAUGGUCGCAACCGCCAGCACAAAGCCAAACCACCAAAAGCUAUAACGCAAAAAACACAGAAAUAGCCAAAAUAUCUGUUCGGGAUAAAGAUUUAUUGAGGAAAUAUUACACAAGAGCGUUCAAAAAGCUGAACUAUAGGAACUGCUGCUUCAUUGCCAAGGCCUAUAUCAAACUAGUCGAGCCGUGCAAGCAAAAGAAAUUUCCGUACAGCGGACGAAUAUGGUUCAAUGGCCGGAGGCAACAACUACAUUCAUCGAAAACAAGUCCCCCUUGGUGGCCAUCUGGUUUAAGCCACAAUCCGCCUGAUAAGCUCGAAAGAAAGGACGUUAUAAUCCUCCUGAUUUGUCUGCUCUGCGACCUGCAUAAGACGCAUCAAAUCACAGUCCAGAAAUUGAAGGAAGCAGACCAGACCAUUCACCGCCUGAUCGGCCCCCGCAAACAGGUCAUAUUGGAUGAAAUUUACAGGGUGCGGCAGGAAGAAGAGAACUAUAUCGACAAAAAAACAGGUAAGCCAUUCUCGAGCGCGUAUGGAGUGGAUUUCUUGCAUAAAAGCCAUACUGAUUUCAUCUCAGACGGGGAAGCAUUGGUGACUAUUUCACGGAAACACCUACCCAGCCCCUCUAAGUCUUCAGAAUCGUCUGAGAAAAUCGGACAAGCUUUCGCAGAACAACACAAUGAAGGGGAAGCAACACCUUCGCAAGUUGCGCCAGCACAAGGGAUACAUACACAAAAGAGCUCGGUGUCGCUCGACUGUCAAUCCACCUCGAACAUGCCAUCAUUUCCGAUCAUUCCAGCCUCUACAGUCUUCUCCGAUGCUGCUUUCCGAGGAGCUGAACAAUCCAUAACCCACGCUUAUUUCCAACCAGGAUAUCUCUAUCAACAAAGUAUUGAAGCCACUAUUCUGUCUGGCAUGGCACCAUUUGGUGGGACUGUGGAUCCAAAUACCCUCGACUAUUCCUUCAAGGACCAGUGCCAAUGA